GUGGGUGAAGGGUGUUAAGGUGGGGGUAGGUAGAGGUGAAUGGGGUGGGAGUGGGUGUGUGUUUAUAUUUUAGAAAAAUUUUUAAUUAGAAAAAUAUAGAAAACAAUGAUUAUCAGUUUUCCAAAAAUUUCCAACCUAUUUGUAAUUUUAGAAAACGGAAAAUUUUCAUUUUCCAUGAAAAAUUUAGAAAAAUAGACGAACUAAACGUGUUUUCAAAAUUCUCAUUUUUCUUGGAAAAUUUUUCCGGAAAACGGCUCAUUUUUCCGCAACUAAACGCACCCUAACAUUUCUUCUUGCACACAAAAAAAAAAAAGUUAUUUUAAAAGAUUUAGAGCAUUGCCCAAUCAUCUUUUUAACUAUUUUUUUAAUUUUUUGGAAAAAUUAAAAAACGUUUCAAAAACCCCCUUAUAAUCGUCUAGUUUCCCCCCAUUAUUUAUUAAAGAAGUAGUAAGCAUGUGCACUCUUCUCUUUUGACCAAUGGAAAACCACAACGAUGAAUCGAUCAAUUUCGGGAGAUCACUGAUAGUACCAAGUGUUCAAGAACUUGCUAAGAAAUCCAUCACCAAGAUCCCACCUCGGUAUGUGCGCCAAGAUCAUAAUCAGAAACCCUUAAGUUGCGUUUAGUUGUGGAAAAAUGGGCCGUUUCCGGAAAAAAUUUCUAAGAAAAAUGAGAAUUUUGAAAACGCGUUUAGUUCGUCUAUUUUUCUAAAAUUUUCACGGAAAAUGAAAAUUUUCUGUUUUCUAAAAUUACAAAGAGGUUGAAAAUAUUUGGAAAACUGAUAAUCAUUGUUUUCCACAUUUUUCUAAUUCCAAAAUUUUUCUAAAAUAUAAACACACACCCACUCCCACCCCAUCCACCUCUACCUACCCACACCUUAACACCCCCCACCCACACACACAUACAUACCCACCACCACACACACACACACACACACCAACCCACAAACACACACACACAUACAUACCCACCCACACACACCCACCCACCCACCCACACACACCAACCCACAAACACACACACACAUACACAUACAUACCCACACACACACCCCCACCCACAAACACACACACACAUACAUACCCACACCCCCACAAACACACACCCACACACACACAAACUCACACCUACCCCCACCCUCACAGACACACAUACCCACACACACACAAACACACACCUACCCCCACAAACACACUCAUUCACACACUCCACCCCCACCCACCCAACACCACCACCACAAUUACCGACCUACCAUCACCAUCACCACCACUAACCCGUCACUAGCACCACCGCCACCGCUGCCACCGCCAUCACCACCACUACCACUGACACAAUUGCCGCCGCCACCACCAUCGCCUGUCAUCACCACCACCGCCACCGACCCGCUACCGUCACCGCCCCCACCCACACCCUACCACCGCUACCGUUUUCUAAAAAUGAAAACCGAUAGAAAAAUACACAUCUAAACACGUUUUUUAAUUUUCUAAAACUGAAAAUGAAAAAUGAAUAAGUUUAACUAAACGCGUUUUCAAAAAUUUUCAAUGAAAAAUGAAAACGGAAAAUGAAAAUCGAAAAGGGAAAACAAAAAACGGAAAAUGAAAAUUGUUUUUCCGUAACUAAACGCAACCUUAAUCACUUCAUCCGACGACACCUCCAAUCUCUCUGUACCUGUCAUUGAUCUUCACACCUUAUUUGCAACCGAUUCCGGAUCUUCGCCGUAUUCUUCUGAGCUCAGUAAGCUUCAUACAGCUGCUAAAGAAUGGGGUUUCUUCCAGGUUAUAAACCAUGGAGUAAGUGAGCCCUUAUUAGAGGAUUUUAAAAGGGAAGUCUUGAACUUCUUCAAGCUUCCAAUGGAGGAAAAACAGAAGCUCUGGCAGGAAGAAGACAAUCAUGAAGGUUUUGGUCAGCUUUUCGUUGUAUCAGAGGAGCAGAAGCUUGAUUGGUGUGACAUGUUUUACAUAACUACCCUUCCACACAAUCUUAGACAAUUUCAACUAUUUCAAAAGUUACCUCCGGUUCUAAGAGAUAAGUUGGAAGCUUACUCUAUGGAAAUAAAAAAGCUAGCAAUGGCUAUCUUAGGUCAAAUGGCUAAAGCUCUAGGGAUUGAUGGAGAGGAAAUGAGUGAAUUGUUUGAUGAUGGGGUUCAGUCGAUGAGAAUGAAUUACUAUCCUCCAUGUCCGGAACCGGAAUCGGCUUUGGGAUUCACUCCUCAUUCCGAUGCCGAUGCUUUAACAAUUCUCUAUCAAUUAACCGAAACAGAGGGACUUCAAGUUCGAAAAGAUGGAAAAUGGGUAUCUGUUAAGCCUCUUCCCAAUGCUUUGGUAGUCAACAUUGGAGACAUAAUGGAGAUCAUAACUAAUGGCGUGUAUAAGAGCAUCGAGCAUCGAGCAAUAGUGCAUUCAAACAUCGAGAGAUUAUCGGUUGCCACAUUUUAUAGCUCGAGUAUGGGUACUGAAUUGGGGCCCGCAAGAAGUCUUGUUGCACAACAUAAUAUAGCAAACUUCCGCCGAGUCCCUCUUGAGGAAUAUUUCAAGGGAUUUUUUGCUCGAAAGCUAGAUGGAAAGUCAUUCUUGGAUUAUAUGAAAGUUGAAGAAUUGAAGAAAAAUGUUACAUAGUUGAAUUGUAGGUUUUGUUGUGUUUUCUGGUUUUAUUUCUUUUUGAAGUAUGAAGCUCCAUUAAAUGAAGCAAAAGGAUAUGGUUAUCAUGAAUGAAGAUUUUAACUUUGCUGAUA